AUACAAAAAUAGAAGAGCCACACCACCAGAAGUGGAUCACUUCGAGAACAAACAAGUGAGACAGAGACAGACAACCUUAGCUUGCUUACAACAAAAGGGGCAUCUACCGUUGUGAGUUGAGUUGGGAGAGGGAGUUAUGAAAACGCUGGCGAGUCCGAGUUCGAGGGUAGUGUUGGAAAUUUACAGGGACAGAGAGGCUGGCUUGGUGAACAGGGUUGCAGAAGCUUCUUGCUUUUUCAGGCCUCACAAGAAAAAUGGAGACUUUCGGUUCUUGAAUUUGGUGGCGUUUCUGCAACAGAGGAAGCCCAUCAAGCCUCUUGUUUGUCUCUCAUCGAAAACCCAGGCAGAAUUGGAGACUCCAGAUGCUCAAAUUCAAGAUUCAUAUCCAAUAAAAACUAUGCAUGUCAAGUUCCAGUUGCAGAAAGAGUGCUCCUUUGGUCAGCAGUUCCUCAUAGUAGGGGAUGAUCCUAUUUUGGGUUCAUGGGACCCUGAGAGGGCGAUACCAAUGGACUGGUCUGAUGGGAAUGUGUGGUCUGUUGAGCUAGAUAUACCAGUUGGAAAAUCAAUCCAGUUCAAGUUCAUACUAACAGGAGACGCAGGGAAUUUUUUGUGGCAACCUGGCCCGGAUCGAAUUUUCCAAACCUGGGAAACUGAAAACACAAUCACUGUUUUUGAAGAUUGGGGAGAUGCUGAACUUCAGAAGAUAACAGAGGAAGCGCAAAACUAUCACCAGGUUGAGGAUUCUAAUAUCAACUCAGAUGUAUUGAUUCCAGAGGCUGACAACUUGACAUUUCCAGAAGAGGAGCCAGUGUUCAACAUAAACUUGGAGUCGGCCAAUGUUGAUAGUUACACUGAUCCAGCACAGAUCCCGUUAGUGGAAUCAUACGAGGAACAAACUGUUACUGAGUCUGUCUCACAAGAGAAGCACAAAACUGUUGUUGCUGAGAACAUAACACCAAAAUGGCCAAAGAAAAUGAUGGAACCAUAUGAGCAACAUAUGGACGCAAGAACUAAUGCCCCAAGUGAGGAUUCUGCAGCCAUCCCAAACGAGAUGAUGGUGGCACAGAACAUUUAUGGAAAUAAUGGUAGAGAUGCAAAAGCAAGGAACCUGGCAAUCUCAAACAUUGAGGGAAGCCUAAUGAACUAUGAGGAAGAAGGACCUGUUCUGGUACCUGGCUUGACUCGUGCGCCAGCUGUUCAAGCUGAAGAACCAAACACAGAGGAAGUUGAGAAACCAAUGACCUUUGAUGGCUUGGUUGGAGAUUAUGAAGCUGCAGAACUGAAUAUGCCAGAGCUAGAAGAAAAGCAAGAACCCUACAGUGAAUCAUCUCAAGCAGAAACAAUGGACAUGCUCAAUGGUAAUGUAGAGAAGUUUGACGAAGAACUCAAGCAAAAGCCUCAACCAGCUGAAAGGGAAAAUCAGUCCAAGCCUGACCUGCCCAAUGGCUCACCUCAAGCAGAAACCAAUGACAUGUUCAACAAUGAUGAAGUGAGUUUGGAUGAUGAACUUGAGCAAAAGGCUCAAACUGCUGAAACUGCAGAACAGUUUGCCUCAGAGAAAGUCCAUGAUGUCUGGCACAAUGACAUGCAAUGGGGUCGUAAACUACUGCAGAAACUGAUAAAUUUCAGAUUGCCUUAGUGUAAAUCUCUGGAAUUCAUUUGAACCUGUGACUCCUGAUUUGUUGCUGAAGUUUUGUGGCGGCCAUCAGAGAGAGUUGGAGAAGGCAUCUUUUAAUUUUUGUAAUAGUAUGUACAUACCUGACUUUGUGCCUAUUCUAUUAGUGCUCAGGCUUUUUAUCCUUAGGUUUGUCAUGUAUAUACCAGGAAGCUGACUGUUUUUCAAAGCAGAGUAUUUUUUUUGUUUCUGUCAUGAACACAACUGAUUGAUAUGUGCGAGUGAGGAACUGAGGAUUUAUACCAAAUAAAAGAGUUUGCCAUGUUUGUCCAG